AUGAAGAAAGAAAUGCUACUACGGAACUGUUUUUCAUUCAGACUGUUUACCAAAAAUAGUGGUGACAACAAGGGGGAAAAUUCUGAUGAUACGCAUCAAAAUACAAAGGCUUAUUUCAUACAGUUUACGUCCAUCCUGACUGGAUACAUUUUAGUACUUGAUGCCGGGGCACAUUUUUCUUGGAGUUCACCAGCACUGAGCCAUUUUAGAAGUGAUAAAUCACAAUUUUCUAUAACAACUGAUCAAGGAGCCUGGUUAGCCUCUAUAACUUCCCUAGGUACAAUAGUUGGAUACAUGAUAAAUUCUAUCAUUAUAAAUCGAAUAGGACGCAGAUACAGCAUUUUAAUUUUUGCUAUAUCACAUCUGAUAUCAUGGAUUUUAAUCAACGUGGCUAGAAGCUUUACUUUUCUCAUUAUAGCAAGACUUACUGCUGGUUUAAGUUACGCAGGAUCAGGAAUUCUUCUUCCGAUAUGCAUCGGUGAAAUUAGUGAAAAAAAUAUUAGAGGAAGUUUCCUGACUUUCGAUAGAAUUGGUUUUAUAGCUAUUCAAGCCUAUGCUCAAGAAAUAUUUAGAGAAAGUGGAUCGUCUCUGGCACCUGAGUAUGCAACGAUGAUAAUUACAGGAGUUCAGAUAUUUGCAGGAUUGCCCUCAACACAAUUAAUUGAUCACUGGGGUAGAAGGCCCGUUUUAUUAUUUUCUGGAAUCACUUCUGCUAUUUCUUUGGGAAUAAUAAGCUUGUUUUUUUUCUUAAAGGAUUUUCUGAAAAUUGAUGUUUCUUCUGUUACUUGGCUCCCUCUAGCGGGUUUAAUUUUAUAUCAGUGCAUGUGUAGCUUUGGAAUUUCCACUAUAUCUACUGUAUUUGAAGGAGAGCUUUUUUCUGUUAAAGUAAAAAAUAUUGCUGUGAUGAUAGCGUCAAAUUCUUCAGCAGUUUUCAUGAUUACACCGGACUACCAGUUUGGAUAA